AUGGCAGCCGAGUGGACCCCGUCGUCGUGGCGCCAAUUCCCCGCCAAGCAGCAGGCCCCCUACCCGGAUGAACAGGCGCUCAAGCAAGCCCACGACAAGUUGAGGACGCUGCCGGGUCUGGUGUCGGUGCGCGAGAUCGAGGCCCUGAAGACGCAGCUGGCCGAUGUGGCGGCGGGCAAGCGCUUCCUGCUGCAGGGCGGCGACUGCGCCGAGCGGUUCCAGGACUGCCAGCCGGAGCUGAUCGAGAAGAAGCUCAAGAUCAUGAUCCAGAUGAGUCUGGUGCUGGUCUGGGGCGCGCGCAUGCCCACAGUGCGCGUGGCUCGCAUGGCCGGCCAGUUUGCCAAGCCGCGCUCCAGCGACACGGAGAUGCUGGACGGCGAGAAGGACCAGCGCACUCCGGACCCGAACCGCCUUCUGGAGGGAUACUUCCACAGCGCCGCGACGCUCAACUACGGGCGCGUGCUGGUGAGCUCGGGCUUCGCGGACAUCCACGACGCCGGCAAGUGGGACCUGGACUUCGUGCAGACCUCGUCGCGCCGAGAGGAGUACCAGCACAUGGUGAACGAGAUCACGGACAGUCUGCACUUCGUCCACAUGUGCGGUGUGGGAGCGGACUCGCCGCACCUGAAGACGGUGGACCUGUUUGUGUCGCACGAAGGACUGGAGCUCGGCUACGAGGAGACCAUGACGCGCAAGGUGGACGGCAAGUACUACAACGUGGGCACGGACUUCCUGUGGAUCGGUGACCGCACGCGUCAGCUAGACCACGCGCACAUCGAGUACUUCCGUGGCAUUGAGAACCCCAUCGGUAUUAAGGUGGGCCCGAGCAUGGCCGUGGAGGACCUGGUGCCGCUGAUCCGCAAGCUCUGGAAGGACCCCGAGGCCAACCCGGGCAAGAUCACGCUCAUCACGCGCUACGGCAGCGACAAGGUGGCCGACCUGCUGCCCAAGCACAUUGCGGCCGUGAAGGCGGCUGGCCUCAAGGUCAUCUGGUCGUGCGACCCGUGCCACGGCAACACGAUCGUGGCCGAGAACGGAUACAAGACGCGGCCAUUCGACCGCAUUUUCGGCGAGUUGGAGCAGACCCUGGAGAUCCACCGUGAGGCUGGGACAUCUCUGGGUGGUGUCCACUUUGAGCUGACGGGUGAGAACGUCACCGAGUGCAUUGGUGGACCGCAGGGCAUUGACGAGGGAGACCUGCCGCUGCGCUACACGAGCUACUGCGACCCGCGUCUGAACUACUCGCAGAGUAUGGAGGUGGCCUUCCUGCUGGCUAAGAACCUGUCGGUGCAGCACGACUUGGCGCCUCUGAACGAGAAGUCCAAGAUGCGCAAGCGCUCCAUGGAGAUCAGUGACCCGUCCAAGCGUCAACGCGCGGACAAGUAG